GUUUCCUAUAUAACACUUCAGCCUUCUGUGAAGCGCCAAGGAACCGUCGUCCAGAGAAAAUGUUCAGCAGCUCCCCUUCUUCCACACUGGCACCGCCGUUGCCUUUGCCUGCCACCGCCACUGCCGAUGCAUAUGAAGGCCACACUACUGCAGCUACCUCCACCGGUGUAAUACACCCUGACAUCUUUCGAUUCAACAUCUUGACACGGCUUGAUGGCCCGACCCUGGCAUCGGCCUCCUGCGUCUCCUCCGAGUUCCAUGCGCUGUCAAACCAGGGAAGCCUGUGGGCCGAUGUUUGUCGCUCCACGUGGCCGUCCACUGACGAACCUCGCCUCCUGGAGGUCAUCUCCGCGUUUGCCGGCGGCCACCGGUCAUUCUUCUCCGACUCAUAUCCCAUCCCAGCGCUCAACACCCACAAGUUCGCAAAAACUGGUGCACCUCCACAUGAGAUAAUCUCCGCCGUCGACAUCCACCACCGGGGGAAGCUUAUAUUUAGCCGGGUGGUCGAGACAGAGACGGUCACGGGGUGGUUCCGAUGGUCCCCAUUCAGGAUCGACAUGUUGGAGCCCAAGGAUGUAGUCCCCACGCUUGUGCCCUACCCCGGAACGGAUGACGAAUGCCGCGAGCUCGGGAACGACCUCACGCUGAGCUGGAUCAUGAUCGACCCGAAUGGGCAGCGAGCGAUGAACGUCUCGAGCCGACACCCCGUGUCAGUGAGCCGCCACUGGCUGAGCGGGGAGGUCCACGCGCGGUUCGCGACCGUCCUGGCAGGGGAGAGAGGAUCAUCCUCGGAAUUCGCGCAGUGCGGGAUAGUAGUCACGUGCGGCGGGACCCAUGGAGGAGAACUGCAGGUGAGGGAGGUGAGCCUGCAGGUGGAGGACUUAGACGGGAUGUUCCUGAACGGGAGGGACAGUCUGGUCAUCUUGCAGAGGGCUUUGGAGGGCAAAAGGAGAAGGGCGGCUGGCGGAGUAGAUGAAGGGAAGGGGAUGUACGAAGAGUUCCGAAGGAUGAAGAUGGAGAGGAAGGAGAAGAAGCUGAGGGCAGAAGGGACAUUAGACAUGCUCUGCGUGGCCUUUGCUUGCCCAAAGAAUUAAAGCCAUCGCACCGCGGCUUAAAUCCCAAACAUCACUCGGCUAAUGGCCAACGAUUGCUUCUCCUCCUCUCUUGCACUGAACUAGGCACCGAAUGAGGCUGGAGUACGUGUUUAUUUCAAGAUCGAAGAAACGUCUAUGUAGAACUGGUCUCGUUCAUUUAGCAACAUGAAAGUCCAAAGCUUGUUUGGUGGUAUGCAACGAAAGGUGCGAUAACUUUCGGAGACUUCUGGUUCCUUUUUUAGUAAACAAUCUCGCUAGAUCUUCAUGUUA